UAGAACAAUGAUGAAAUUAAGGAAUACAGCUCUACUACUCCUCGUACAGAUAGGAGUAACUUGGUGUUGCAUGAGAAGAGGCACAGAAUGCAUUGAUUACGACGUUGUAACAAAAAACCUGGAGUAUGAGGAACGGCAAUAUCCUUCUACUGUGUGGGUCAGCGCCAAACAAACGGGUCCGUCCUUAUCUAGGGCUCAGAUUUCUCUUUACAGAAAACUUUUUAGAUACAUACAAGGAGAUAACCUAAAAGGUGCUUUUAUCAACAGUACAACCCCUACUCGAACAAAAGUGGAACCUUGCCGGGAUGAUUCCAUCUGCGAACCAACAUACACAAUGUCGUUACUUAUUCCAAGUGCUCUGUACCAAGAUUUGUUCCCAAUCCCGACCGACCCAGACCUCUUCUUUGAGAGAGAACCACCAAAGAGAUAUUUGGUCAGGUCUUUUGGUGGCAGACCCAGUGAAUCGCAAUGGAUUGACGAAGCUCAGGCAUUGGCAGACCUUACAUCAAAAGAGAAUGGAGUAGCCAGGGACCACUACUACCUUAACUGGUACGACCCACCUCUCCAACUCUUCAACCGUCUGAAUGAAGUCUGGAUCACAAAAGAGAUUUCAAUCAAAAAGAAUUCUGUCAACAAGGUUAUCAAAGAUCAGAAUGAUCUGAAUGAAGUAUGUUAGAAACUAUAAAUGUUCAUGAGUGGGAAGUUAAGGGCUGGUUCUUUUUACUUUCCCACUCUUUACACAAAUAUACGUUUAUAAUUCUGAAAACAUUUCUCCCCCCCCCCCCCUCAUUAUCUGUUGUUUUUGAAGAAUCAAAAUAGGAUUGCAGUUUUUGAAAUAGUCAACUGCCAGUAGUUUAUUGGUUGAUUAAUUAACCGGUACAUUCUAAUUAUACUAAUUUAUGGAAAUAUGUCUGAAGAAGCACAAAUGAUAUUAUAGAAGAAAAUAACUAGUUUAUGUUAUGUAAUGUGUGCUUUUCAAUGGCUCCUUUAAAACUCUUAAAUUGAACACAAUCAAAGUUUUGAUACCAAUUGAUUCUUUUCAGAGGCAUAUUUUCCAAUAAUUCAAAUCAUUUUAAUGUUUUUAAGUUCUUCUAAAUUAAGAAUUGAGUUGAAAAAAGUCUUUCGUCGCUGAAAAAAAUCUGUAUGCUAUAUUUUCAAAGAAAAAUAUUUUGUACCCCCAUCAUAUUUUUUGCUUUAUCAUAAGCUCUUUUUUGAAAUGCCAAAUUUUAUGUACAUUCAAGAGCGUGAAAAAUUCAAAUGCGAAAUUUCACAAACAAUUCAUAUUUUUAAUAUUUAUUUAUUCAAAUCAUACGGUGUCUCAAGUGUAGUUUUAUGUGUUGAUUGUUUAUAGAAUUUGCUAUUUAUUAAGAUAUGUUUGUUUUUUUUUACAUUCUUUUGUUAAUA